CGUCGCUUUUUUCAUCGAAAGUUUGCUUUGACAUAUUGGACAAGAAUAGAACUAGACAACAGUCAUGGCCAAGAUUUCUUCGGUGGCAACAGUAGGGUGCAUCCUUUUCGUUGCAGGAGCGUCGGCCUUCGUGCCUGCUCAAUGCAACAAUAAUCAACCAUCGAUCCAUUCCAUCUGCCCGAGCAGCAGCAGUAGCGUUGGUGCCKGUCCGCUAUACGCUGCCAAACACGACAAAACGGAAGGCAGAGAGGGUAACUUUGGUAGCAACAUCAUCGAGUCAAUAAAAAAGUCUGCCGCUGUUUCUGCCCUGGCACUCGGAUUGACUUUUACGACACUGGGUUCCUCACCCCUGCCGGCUCUCGCCACAGAUUCGGGUGCGAUCGUAGGCUGUUUGUUUUCAAAGUGCCAGCUGCCCCUGGCCAAAUGCAUCGCAAACCCCAAGUGCCUGGCUAACGUCGUGUGUAUUAACACUUGCAACGGAAAAGAAGACGAAAUCGGGUGCCAGAUCAAGUGCGGUGAUUUGUUCGAGAAUUCCGUGGUAGGAGAAUUCAAUAAGUGUGUCGUCUCUGACAUGGCCUGCGUUCCUCAAAAGCCCGAUGAGGGACUCUACCCGGUGCCGAGCCCUGAGACCCUGGUCAAAAAGUUCGACACCAAGCUUUGGAACGGAAAGUGGUACAUCACGUCGGGACAAAACGAACUCUUCGAUGUACGUAUUUUCGAAUUUUUGGUCUGCCGUCAUUGAGCCAAUUUAGUGGUUGUCAAUGAAUGGCGUGCGGUUUGCCGGAAUACCCGGUACAUUUUUGCCGUUGUGUGCAACAUCUCAUACAGCUGUAUUAUUACUAUCAAUUGAUUGUUAAUUCUUUAUGCUCUGUCCAUAAAAAACACAACAGAUUUUUCCGUGCCAGGUCCAUUUUUUCACGGAAACGGCCCCAGGAAAGUUUUUCGGAAAGCUGAAUUGGAGAAUUGAGGAGCCGGAUGGCGAAUUCUUCACUCGCGACGCGAUCCAGGAGUUCGUGCAGGACCCGGAACAACCCGGCCACCUUAUCAACCACGACAACGAAUACCUACACUACCAGGACGACUGGUACAUUAUCGAUUACGAGUAUGACGACAACGAGUCAGGAACGCCGCCCUUUGCCUUUGUGUACUAUCGCGGUUCCAACGAUGCCUGGGUUGGGUACGGAGGAGCAGUCGUGUACACUCGGGACGCCAAGCUCCCCGAGUCACUACUGCCUCGUCUGAGGGAGGCCGCCAAGAAGGUUGGUUUUGACUACGACAAGGACUUUACGGCUACGGACAAUUCAUGCAAAACGAUUGAUCGGGGGGAGACCGUUCUCCUGAGGGAGCAAUUUGCGGGCAAGGUCCUCCUCAACACGGAAAAAUCCGUGCAGGCGCAGGCUACCAAGUUCCGUGGAAAUGCCAUCAACAGCAUCAAGGCGCAAAAGAUUUUCUUCUCCAACGAGGGCAAGGCAGCCGAGGCAGCCUUCGAGAGGCUGGGAAACGACGUCAAGAAGUUCGAGCAAGAUGUGGUCGGAAGUGUUUCGAAAUAAGAACAAACAUAGAAUCAUACA